AAUUGGAACUAGUUUUUAACCAGCCUGAGUUCACGAGGGCUGGUGUUAAGUCAAAGACAAAAACAAGUUUAAAUUUAUUAUCUGAGUGGUAUUUUUACAGUGUGUUUUUCUUGUUAACCAAACAUCUCAUACCUGUGUUUAAAAUGAGUGUCAUCUCAAUUUUUUAUCUGUUGUGGCUACAGCCAGCUUUGAACAUUGUUAAACUGGGCCCAGGAUUAGCUGAAGUGAAGAGUGUGGAUCACAAUACUUUUAUUAUCAUCACAAGCAAGAAGGAAUACAGUUUCCGUGUCAUAAAUCUGAACAAUGCUGGAGAUAAUGCAGUAGAAAGAGAACGAGAUGCAUGGAUUGAGGCUAUAGCUGCAGCUUCCCAAGUUAAUUUUCGUCAUUCAAGAGCAUCAUCAAUUAUUCCUGAUGAAACAGCCAUCAAAUCCACAGUGGCAGAGCAAGAAAAAUUUCUUAAGGAAGUUGUUAGAACUCUUCAAAGGGAGUUGGAGCAACUUGCGUCUGUUCUGUCAGUGGUUAAUGCACCUAUUCAAGUUACUGUUCAGGUCAAAAAGGUUAAGGAUGUGGUGCGAAAUCUGGAUUCACAAGUCAAAACUGGAGUGCUCUCUUGGACAAUGUGAGUACCUUUUUGAAACAACAACAA